GAUAGGUGGAAUUUCCUCCUCUCUUCCUGAGGGAUGCUGCAUCAUGCACAUGUUUCAUCUUUUAUUUAGGUCAUCUGACGCGAAUCUGCUUGAUUUUAGCCAAUGACAGUAAUAUCAUCUGAACUGAAACGACCUCUUUUCACCAUACAUCCGAGGUUUGUUGGUUAAAUAUCAUUAGAGGAGGAUAAAUAAUGUGGUGAUUUGCCGGGGGUGUAGCAGCCGCGUGAUACAGCAUCUUUCUUUGCAAGUGACACAUCAUCAUCAGCAUCCAUAGGGAAAGAGAGAUCAGCUCAAUAGGAAACAAUGGCGGACAAAAGUGACAUAAAAGCCGAGCUAGAGCGCAAAAAGCAGCGCCUAGCUCAGAUCAGGGAGGAGAAAAAGAGGAAGGAGGAGGAAAGGAAAAAGAAAGAGACAGAGACGCAGCAGAAGGCUGAAGCUGCCCCAGUGGACUCCGACUUGGACCGGAAGCGCAGAGAGACUGAGGCCCUUCUACAGAGCAUCGGCAUCUCCCCAGAACCUCCACUUGUCCCGAACCCCAUGUCCCCAUCCAAAUCAGUGAGCCGACACAGCACCCCCAGUGAGACGGGAAGUCAGGACUCAGCCGAUGGGGCCGCAGUCGGCAGGUAUAGGUCAGGGUUGUCUGGCGUUAGUAAGCAUCAGGCACAGGCUCAGAGCGACAGGACCCUGCAGUGGGACACUGACCCCUCUGUUCUGCAGCUGCAGGAUGACUCCGAGCUAGGGCGCAGGAUGCAUAGACUGGGGGCGUCUAAGAUCACACAGGUGGACUUCCUACCCAGAGAGGUGGUGUCGUACUGCAAAGAGACGCAGACGCCCAUCACUGGUACUACCCAUCUGUCUGAGG